GGUUACGCUCUAUAAGGCAUCGACUUUUCCUUCGGCUCGAUCCUACAUACAGUUCCGCUUGGGUACUGUAUUUAUUCCAUUGGAAUGUUUGGUAUUUCAUUGCAGCAACAUAUUUUAUAUUGACUAUAUGCGGUUACAUAUCACAAUUGGUGUUCUCAUAUUACAUUGAAAUCAAACAAAAGGCAGAUUUAUUCGAUCAUUGUUUCUACAACUUUGCAAUGUUAUGCAAACAAGGUUGUAUUCCGGAAGAAUUUGAGGGAAGAUCACGAAUAAUAGAAUUAUCUCUCAGUAUGUUUUGCACUAUUAUGCACAUAGCUUUCUCCGUGCUCAUAUUUGCUUACAUGACAAUGAAAAUAAUAGAUUUACCGACAUUCGAUGAUCUUGUAUCUUUGAAAAAUGAAACGAAUUACAACAUCGUUAUCGUAAACGGAUCUGUUCCUUAUAUAUCAUUUAAAAUAAAUAAUGUAGUUUUGAAAGAAUUAUGGAAAAGCAAUCGACUUCUUAUAGUUGAGACAGAUGAAGAAAUGUAUGAAAAAGCAUGUUUUAACAAUUAUGUUAUGUUCUUUGCCGAAGAUGUGCAUAACACAAAAGAAGAUUAUAUUUGUCAAUUGAAACCUGUAGGGCAAAUUUAUUAUGAAACAUGGGUUGCAUCCGGAAUAAGUAAAAAAUUCAAAUAUAAAAGGACGAUAGAUAUGGGCGUCAUAAAAUUACUCGAAAUUGGUUUAAUAAAUCGAUUGAAAAAGCGAGUAGAAGCGAAUAGAAAAAAACAUUUGGAUUGGAAGCAACCAAAUCCGAUUGAAAUGGAACAAGUAUCUAAAUUUUUCUUGAUACCAUGUUUCGCAGCUGCUCUAGCUAGCAUAAUUUUCGUAAUUGAAAAUUUAGUAUUUGUUUGGAAUCAACGGAAGAGUAUCGAUUACAUGAAAAAAAAAUAAAAUAGAACGAUCUAUACGAUGAUUGUGUUACAAGUAUCGUAUUAUUUAAGAAUAUUUUUUCUUUUCCUUUUAUAGUAUUUAACAAAAAAAUUAUUGUU